GCAUAGUAAAACCUGAGCUCUUGUUAUAAUUUUGGAUCGAUGUCAUAUUUUUAGACGGAAAACCCCUUUCUUAAACACGGGUCCACACUCUGGCAUACAGACAGAAACAAGGACGCUAUUGCACUCCUGUGGACACCAUCUCCGGUCACCAUCUUCUUACAAGGGUUAUCAUGCUCAUUAUUAGAUAUGUUAAAUUUAGCUGAAGAACUUACAAAAAAGAUAAUGAAGAAACAUGAGAAUCUUGCUGAGACGGAAAAGCAACUAGAGAUUGAUAGGAUCAGCAAUCUGCCGUGGGAUGUAUUGGAUACUAUCCUUGUGUGCUUGCCUCUUAGAGAUGCUGCAAGGACUAGUAUCCUAUCCAGUAAGUGGAGAUAUAAGUGGACUAAUCUUUCACAGUUCAUUUUGGAUGAUAAAUGCAUCCACUAUUCUAUAUCAGACAAAACAUCCAGAUGGAUAGAGAUUAGGAAAAUCAUCGAUCAUGUUCAAUCCAAUCACAAUGGACCAAUAGAGAAGUUCAAGCUUGCGGCUUAUUGCUGUCCAAACUAUUCCGAUUUAGACCAAUGGAUAAGGUUUUUAACAGAGAAAGGUAUCAAGGAGUUAAUUAUCCAGGAGUUCAGUGUCAUUAAGCAUUUUAAGCUGCCUGAUUCUGUUUUCUGCGGUCCAAAACUCAGUCACUUGGAGCUAUAUGGUUGCAUAUUAAGGCUUCCUUCAUCAUUCAAAGGAUUUGAUUGCCUUAAAAUCCUUCAGCUCAAUCAUGUUUUCAUAAAAAGCGAUACACUGGAACAUUUAAUCCGUAACUGCCCUGUUCUUGAGAAGCUAACACUGUUGAACCUUCAUCAUCUGGCUUGCGUAAGGAUAUAUAACCCAAACCUGAAAUAUGUGAAAAUAGAUUCUGCAUUUGAAGAUAUCUGUCUGGGACAUAGCUUGCUUCUAGCCAGUGUUGAUAUUCGUAUGUUACCUAUGAAUGGGGGGAUCACACACCAACCUCCCGAACAAGGGAAAGUUUGCACUUUAAUCAGAGUUUUUGGUUAUCUGCAUGGUAUAAACAGGCUAAGCUUAUCCAAUCAAUUUCUUGAGUUUCUUGCCAAUAAAGAUGUGCCAGAAAGACUCCCUACUCCAUUCAACAGCCUCUUGGCCCUUGAACUAAAAGAAAUAAGAUUUGCUAGUUUAAAAGGCAUAGCGGCUUCCAUUUCUAUACUCAGAAGCUCCCCAAAUUUGGAAGAUCUUCUUGUUACUGUUUACCCAUGUGAUGAUAUUUCCAAUCCUGUCAUGGAUUUGGUGACAGCACAGCUCCAGAGUGACUUUUAUUUUAACCAACUCAAAGUGGUGAAGAUCCGAGGCAUUAAUGGCACAAGAAUCGAGUGGGAAUUUCUCAGACUCAUACUUGCUCAUUCACCGGUGCUCGAGUCAAUGACUAUUGUAAAAUCCAAAGGUGAGAGAAUUUCUGAAUCAUUCUUGCAGGAAGUUGAGCGAGCUUCAAAACAUGUCAAGUUUAUUAGUUUAGCUCCAUAAGUUUUUUUUCUCAUGAUGGCAUUGCCAAGUUUGCUGUUGAUGUUGUGUUCUUCACAUUUUCCAUUGUAAAUUUUAAUGUAAAGGUUAUUAAACUAGUUAAACUUAUCCACGGUUCUGAACUUGGUUGUAGUCAUCUUUCCUUUGAAUACAAAAUUUACAACUUGGUUCAAGGUA